UACGAACGCACAGUUGCAGUUUGUUUAUAUUCUCAGCUGAUCACUUCAAGCAGAAAAGCGAGAAAUUCAAAGCCAUGAGUGUGUCCAGUGACCAGCCAGAUGAUGAGCUCACUAUUCCUCGAGCGGCAAUGAACAAGAUGAUCAAAGAGCUCUUGCCAAACGUACGUGUUGCCAAUGAGGCUCGGGAACUGAUCCUGAACUGCUGCACAGAGUUUAUUCACUUGCUGUCCUCAGAGGCUAAUGAGAUUUGCAACCAACAGCAAAAGAAAACCAUCAAUGCCGAACAUAUACUAAUGUCAUUAGAUAAACUAGGUUUUGGUGACUAUAGAGCGGAUGCAGAGGCUGUGCUCAAAGACUGCAAAGCAAUGGCAGCCAAGAAGAGAAGAAAAAGCACCCGCUUAGAAAACCUUGGCAUCCCGGAAGAAGAAUUACUUAGACAGCAACAAGAGCUUUUUGCAAAGGCACGAGAGCAAGUGGAAAUGGUUGAACAGCAGCAGUGGCAGAUGCUGCAAGCACAGGCAGCAGCCGCUCAACAGCAGCAGCAGGAGCAACAGGCAAUUGAUGAAGAUGAAGAUUAUUCUUAAACUGUAACCCCAAACCAGCUGUCAGAUUUUACAAAGAAGUCUAACCAUAUUAUUGUACUUAAAGUUAAGUUCCCAAAAAUAUGAUUUUGUAAGGUAUAUGGAAUUUAUUUUCUGAAUUUGGUUUUGUGGAUCUGCCAGCUGGGAAUAUACUUUUCCCAGAUACAGAUUGUGAUUUGUUCCCACAGACUGGAGAGAUAAAGAUACAAAAGUAUAUCAGGAAAUUUGAUUAAACAUGAAAUAAUGAUUUAUGUUAUGCAUAACUAUAAGGCUGGGAUAUAUGUAUCUAAUGAAAUCAAAUGUUGCUCCAUUUAACUGAUUCUUUAGUUAUGACAGAAAGAGUGAAAAAACAUUAUAUGUUUAUCUUCCUUUUUUCUGUGGAUGAAAUUGUUUAAAAGCUGGUCAGUGUAUAUUCCAUCACUGUAUGUAGUUCUAUGCAUUACUUUUUUCGAGUUUCAAUGUGGUUUGAUUUCUUUCAGAGUCUUUUUAUCAAAUAAUAUAGUAAUAAUGAUG